AGACGAGAGUCAAGUCAGUCAAGUUCAUGAGGAUCAUUCGUUGCCUUGUUGGGUCGUGGUCCGUCAUGCCGUAUCGGUCAUCAUCAUCAUGAGCGACUCCCAACUCAGCGAUUCGGUCACCAUUGACCUCACCCCUGCCGCCCCGCCUCUUGGUCCCUUUCCCGUGUCCACCCUCACUCGGCGCAAGACCCUCUUGGAACCGGACACCACCUGGGACUUGGUCAUUUCUCGCUUCUCAGACCGCAUUCUCGUGGUGCUUACCACCCUCAAUAAGCCGGGCACGCUAUUUCAAGUGACCCAAGCCACGCCCAGUGGCGCUAGUACCUUAUCCCCGGGCGCCUCGCCCAUCUACGACGUCCAGUUACUCUUGGGAGCCGAGACUCCCCGGCUAACGGCCGUGGCGCAAAUUAUCGCCGCCAUCUUCGAAUCCCAAGCCAAACCCGUCUUGGUUUCACUCGGCUUCAAGGACCUGGAUAUCGGCACGUUUCGGUCGGAGAUCUUGCCUUGGAUCCAGGAACAAAUAUCCAAUUAAAUCAUGUCGACGCCCGUUUUCGGGCAGAUCAUCAUUGGUCCGCCGGGUUCGGGUAAAACCACCUAUUGUCACGGGAUGGCCCAGUUCCUCCGGAACUUGGGUCGAGCGGUCACCAUCAUCAAUUUAGAUCCGGCCAAUGAUCACGUACCCUAUGAGGCGGGCAUCGAUUUGGGCGACUUGAUCCAAUUGUCUGAGGUCAUGGACUCCUAUCAACUGGGUCCCAAUGGUGGGCUCUUGUAUUGCAUGGAGUUCUUGGACCGCAAUUUGGAUUGGCUCUUGAACCGCGUGACGAAGGUCAAAGACACUUAUCUACUCAUUGACUGUCCGGGUCAAGUGGAAUUGUACACUCAUGAUCAGUCCAUGAAAAGCAUCAUCGGGCGGUUGGAGCAAUUCGGCACCCGUUUGUGUUGCGUGAACAUGGUAGAUUCGCAUUAUUGCAGUGAUCCGUCCAAGUUCAUCUCGGUGUGUCUGACCUCAUUGAAUAGCAUGUUGCAGAUCGAGCUCCCGCAUGUGAAUGUCUUGAGCAAAGUGGACUUGAUCGAGAAAUACGGUCGCCUCCAGUUCAAUAUCGACUUUUAUACGGAUGUACUGGACUUGGAAUUCCUGCUCGAAGCCAUGAGUGAGGAUCCUUUCGUGAAGAAGUACAAGAAGAUGAACGAAGCCCUCAUUGACCUGGUUCAGAACUACAGUCUCGUCAGCUUUAUCCCCUUGCACAUUGACAGUGCGGACCGGAUGCUCACCGUCAAAAAUCACGUGGACAAAGCCAAUGGCUACUGCUUUGGCUCACAAGAAGAGCGAAACCUCCGGAUGAUGAUGUCGAGUGCGUACGGUGUCGCGGACUUUGAGUCGGCCAAGACGGCGGAUAUCCGGGAGAAAUUCAUGGAUUUGGAUUUGCCGGGGGAGACCCCAUCGACCUUCACGACAUCCGGGCCUAAACGCCAGCGCAAGGAAAAGCUCGGCAACGAUCUCGACCUCAUCGACAUGGAACCGGGAUUUCAAAUCUAAACUUGAGCAACAAAAUACACACUAACUUUAUUCA